GGGGAAGUAACCACUUGGACAUGUUCGUCUGAUUACGAAAUAUAUAGUUUAAGCGAACUAAAUAUGAUAUUAUAAUAAGUUAUUGUACUCCACUUAUGUUCCUUAUGGACGACAUCUGAAAACUCUUGAUAAAACUAGCUGCUAGGCGGUUCAGAUGCAGUACCAGUCACGUGCUGAGAGACUCCAGUUUGCAAACAUUCCGCGCUGGGGAACAACCUUACUCAUCUGUCACGCACACGAUGGCUAAAAGUGGCAGGAGUCUUGAUGAACCAGAAGGGAUCCCUAGACAGGACAGUGUUUCCAGCCAACAAGACCUGGUUCAGUGGGACAAUGCCUCCGUUGAGACAGGCACUGUUAUGAGCUGGCUCGGUUACGGAUCGGAGAUCAUACAGGCUCGGAAAGACGCAUACAGAGAGUAUGGUAGGCUGUGGACUGCACUGGCAUGUGGAGCGGGUACGUGUAUUAUUACGGGUAGCAAGGCUGAGGGGCUGACCCGCUACCUGAAAAGUGAUAGAGACAUAAUGUUUGUACACAGUACUGUCAUUUGCAUAGAAGAUGGUGUUAAUGCUGAUAACUUUUCUAGAGAGAUAACCGUGUUUAGAUCAUACAGUCGUAUGAGUUAUCCCGGCCACUGUAGACUUCUACUAGAGAGACGCGGUAAAACGAUUCACCCGAAUAUUAAAGAUGCGUUGUGUGAUGAUUGGUAUGGUCAAGAACUCCUGAGCAGUGACUUAUAUGGACAUGACUGUUCGAAGGUUCCAUCGGCGGAAGGCGCAAUGCAGCAUGAUCGUGCGGGGCCGUCAACGCCUCUUACAGUGUCCGGUAUAUUACGCGGCGACGUAGUACAUGCAUUUUGCUAUUACAGCCCCAGCAUCCUGUCAAAAUAGGCAGCAAGACCUCGCCACUGACCGCCACCGCAAUCCGUUCAGCACGUCGUAUCACAUGGGGCAUUUCUUACGCCUGUUGGAUUUAAAGGUAGUGAAUAUCAACAUGUUGAAUGGAGAGUUUGUUUUAACGCUGGGGAGAUCGCACUAUUAAAUUAUUUAAAUGGCACUCAAAUUAAAUUGUAUGUUUUAUUAAAAAUGGUUAAAACGAUGUAUUAAAUCCGCGUAAGAAAGAAGUGUCAUCGUACACGUUAAAAAACAUUGUUUUAUGGAUAGCGGAAAAUAAUCCUCAGUUCUUGUUUCAUGAAAGAAGUCUGUUGCACUGGUUGCACGAAGGAUUGGUUGCGCUAAGAGUUGCGUUGGUCACCCGAGAGUUGCCGUACUAUAUGAUUCCAGAUAGAAAUCUAAUGGCCGCAUGUGGACUGGAUGAGGAAAAUAAACGUAAAUGGAUAUUAACGAUUACAGAAAUGAUGGGCGAAGGUCCCAGGAUGAUACUAAGACUUCCGAAGAUACGACAAGCCCUUUUUGCUCAUCCUGAACCAUUCCGAUGGUACAACAGGAUGAGCAUUGAGCUUGAGAUGGUGUAUUUCAUGUUUAAUGAGCCUAGGUCUCCUCCUAAGUGAUGAGAGCGGGCGAAUUGACGAGUCAGAUGUUGCUCUGCUGUCAAUAGUGAGGCGCAUGAACGAGAUACUGCGAGAUGUUGGGCUGAGGAUGAUUAUGGGAGGGAGUCGCGUUAUGAACCUGCAAGAUGUGUUAUAUCGAAUGUUGAAGUAAAACGGAACAAUUGGUAUUACGAUCGGCAAUAGUGUUUGAAACGUACUGAACACAUAAUUGUUGCAUUUAUUUACUAAAAUAUAUUCCUAUCUGUAGAAUGCUGCCUAUUAGACUGCUUCAAAAACGUAAAGUUAAAACUGUGCAUGUAUUCGUUGCAUGCAUUGAGCAGUUUGUUCCUAUUACCAAAUUGAUUAUGCCAUUUUUCAGGUGCAUAUAAUAUUGCUUGUGUUUUCGGCUUAACACGUGAGUUUUACGUAAAAUUAGUAAUGACAACGUAUAUAUUUUGUCUAAUUACAUUCGUGUGUGUAUUUUAGGAAAUAUUUUAACGCAUGUUAAACGUACCUUUUACGUUAAUGUAGGUAUACAGUACGUCUUGUUUGUGCUCAACGCGUGUGCAUUAUUGUGUAACUUUGUGUUGUUCGCAGCUUGAUUAACUUAUUGAAUAAAACGUGGCCGAUGUAUUGGUGUAUUUUCUGUUAUGUACCCCUUAAUGCAGAUCACUCCCUGAUAAAUGUACAAACAAUGACAAAGGUAUUAACAACGUGUUCUCUACUGUCGCUUUUGAGUUUAUAUUGUAAAACAAUUACUCUGCACAUUUUUAAUAGAUUUUGUUUAAAUGUCGCUUUCAUAUAACUGAUUGAUGUUUAUCACUUUUUUAUUUCGAGCGAAACGUUUGUGAUAUUAUUAACUUUAUUUUAUUUCGAUGGAAAUACCUCUACUGUUGCUGUGACUUUAUUAAAACACACAAUGUAGCUGCUUAUUAACUGACAAACAGUGUUGAUUUUAAUAACUUAUGUCUUUGUCGAUUCAUUUAUUGAUAACAUAAUUAUUGCUAUCUUGCCUUAAUAUGAGCGAAAUGUUCGUUAUUAUUGUCCAUGAUAAGUUUGUAUUGAUAACUAGUUAUUUAUUUCACGGGAAAUACCGUCUUAACAUACAUGUCAUUUUUUGCAGUCGCUGUGAAUAAAGAUACCCCGGUAUUAUUUAUAUUUAUCUUUACUGAUUGGUAAAAUUUGUAUAUUUAUUAUAUGUUAAUAUGUUGCUUAACGUAUUGCUACUUUUGCUACUGCUCUUAAUGUGGUCUCGUUACUACCUUAAAUAAAUACAUUAGUUCUGUAAAUGUAUUGAUACCGUAAUUUUUGCUAUCCAUUUAGUUGUGUAUUUAUAUUAUGGAUGAAUACGUUAACGUAUUGAUAAAAUUUGUAAUAAAUUCGCUUUGAAUCUACUGAUACCAUUAGUGUCAAUUUUGAUAUAGAGGUGCGUUUAUGUUGUUUGUGAAAUGUACGGAAAAUGUUUUAGUUAAUAUCGCAGUGAAUUCAUGGCAUUACUAAAUGAUUUACGCGUUCCUGAAAUUAGUUGCGACUCUAUUAAUUAGUGCAUUACUUCAUUACCAACACUGUUGUCACUGUGAAUAUGUAUGUAUAUUGAUAAGUCUAGAUAAUUUCCGUAUUAAAUAAUUAAAACUUCGAGCCGGAAAUAAAUAGCUUUAUGAGUUACUAUUGUGUUUGUCCAGAAUUGAAUUUUGUUUAUAAAAUAUCAAACUGCAUAUGUUUGUCUCAGUUAAUAAAAAACAAUUUACUUAACUUUAUUAAACAAAGAAUACUCUCUGACAUGUUAAAUUCUAAAACUAAUAAUGGAUAUAAAAACAUCUGCAUAAAAAGUGUUGCUAUUUUGACGUUUUGUGUUUAUGUUUGCCUUAUUGUUGUUGUUGUUUACGAUGAGCUGUAUAUGCUUAAGUCGCAUAUAAACUAUCUGUAUGAAUUUAGUGAUUAAGCAAUUCUGGCUGUGAACUUAUUGACACAGGUAAUGCACUAUUGAUGUUAUUACUGUAACUUGUUUGAUGAUGUUGGUGAAGUUUGUGCUGGGCAUAUAUUGUUCAAUAGCCGUGUGAGUGUUGGUGUUGAUACAUUACAAAGGAUGUGUACCUGUGUACUUUUGAAUGUUUUGUUAAAUAUUAUGUUUUGAUUUAUGUAAUGCAUAAAUAACAAUACUAUUUA